UAAAAUUAAUUUAUUUGAUAAAACGUUUACUAUAAAUACAAAAAACUUUUUUACUAUUCUCUAAAUUCGAAUAUACGGUUCAAAUGAGGAUUUUUGCUUUUUAAUUUGAUUUUUAAAGAUAAAUUUUCUUUUCGAAAAAAAAGUUUCAUUUCUUUAAAAGCAGUAAAGUAGUGACAAAAAAAUGAAGUAUUUUAAAACCUAUUUACUUAUUGUUGUAAUUAUUGGUGUUAAUUUGUGGCAAUCUGAUUCUUUUCAACUUCCUGUUAAAAUAAGAACAUGUGCACAAGUCGAUUCCAGUUUAGCUAGUAACACAACAACUUGUGAAAUUUGUAUAGAUGUCAAUGACGUAGGGAGAUUCAUUGAAGCUAUUUGUAAUACCAAGAACUGGAAUACAAAUCCAUUUCCAAUAAAGAAAUUUGGAUUAUUCCAUUUGUCCUUAAAUCCAUUUGGUGAAAUAUAUAGAUCAAAAUGUAUGAAUGUUAAAAAUAUAAUCACCGCAGCAGCGCCAUUCGGCUUUGCUUCAACGAUUAAUUCAUUAACUGAAACGAAGAGCCCUAAGAGAGAUAGUGAAAUUUGUGUAUCAGUAAUAAAGUCGGCUUAUGUAAAUCCAUGAAAGAUGUCGGAAUCGAAUUACAAUCAGUAUUUUUUUAUUUAUUGAAAGAA